CAAGUCUUUUAUUUUGAAGGCCUAGAACGGGCUCAUUCUGCAGGCGACAGACGACGAGCGAACUGAACGUGACGGCACACAGUGACAAGUAACUAAUAACAGCAUGCUGCCUGAAUGUGAUGGAGGCGGACGCAGCCCCCCCGGGGGAGAGGACCCCUCCGUGAGUCUGUUCAGAGAGUACCUGCGCGUGAAGACGGUUCACCCAGACCCGGAUUACGAUGCUGCUCUUCAUUUCUUGGACAGAAUGGCAGAGGAGCUUGAGCUACCUAUCAGAAAGAUUGAGGCCUGUCCAGGCAGAGUAGUGACGAUCAUGACAUGGGAAGGGACCAACCCAGCCCUGAAGUCCAUUUUACUGAAUUCCCACACAGACGUCGUACCUGUUUACCAGGAACAUUGGAAAUACGAUGCUUUCAGUGCUUUCAAAGAUGCAGAGGGCAACAUUUUUGCCCGGGGAUCACAGGACAUGAAAUGUGUAACUAUACAGUACAUCCAGGCCGUCAAAAGGCUGAAGGCAGAGGGACGGAAACUGAUGCGCACUGUGCACUUGAUGUUUGUUCCUGAUGAAGAAGUGGGAGGUCACAAGGGAAUGGAAACAUUUGUUAAGCAUCCAGAGUUCCAAAAAUUAAACAUUGGCUUUGCGCUUGAUGAAGGUCUGGCGAACCCUGGCGAGGCCUACACUGUGUUCUAUGGAGAGAGGAACCCCUGGUGGAUCACAGUCCACUGCCCAGGUAGUCCAGGUCAUGGUUCUAGGUUUGUGGAGAACACAGCUGCUGAGAAGAUGCGCAGAGUCAUAAACUCUUUCCUGGACUUCAGAGAGAAGGAGAAACACCGGCUAAACACCAGUGAGUGCUUCACGCUUGGCGAUGUCACCACUGUCAAUAUGACCAUGGUCAAAGGAGGCGUGGCCUACAACGUCAUCCCGGCCGAAAUGGACGUCAGUUUUGACCUAAGAAUACCACCUCAAGUGAAUCUACAGGAGUUUGAAAGACAGAUCAAAGAGUGGUGUAAUGAAGCAGGAGACGAUGUCACCUACGAGUUUGCUCAGAAACAUAUGAACCAAAAUCUGACGUCUACAGCAGAGAAUGAUCCUUGGUGGAGCGCCUUCGCUGCAGCUUGUGACGAAUUGAACUUAACUCUGGAAAAGGAGAUAUUUCCAGCUGCGACAGACAGCCGUUUUAUCCGAGCAGUGGGCAUCCCUGCCAUCGGCUUUUCCCCGAUGAACCGGACCCCCAUCCUGCUGCACGAUCACAACGAGUAUCUGAACGAAGGCGUCUUCCUGAAGGGAAUCAGCGUGUUUGAGAGGCUCAUCCCAACUCUUGCCAGUGUUCCUGCCUUCCCUGACGAGGCCUAGACGUCUUUGUUUCAAUCCUCUCUCACUGCUUAUUACACUGACCAUCUGAAUGAUUGACUUGAACAUUUUGCAGAGAUUACCAAAGAAUAGAAACAUAUAUAUAUGAACCUAAACUGAGCACUCAGCCUUUGUAUUAUGAUGGUUUUCGUUUUGGUGACUCAGGAUACAGGCACAGUCCGCUCUGCUUACCAACACUGUUAAUCAGGUGUGCCUGUAUGUGUGCAAUCUUAAUGAUAUCAGCGGUUGACUACACCAUCUUUUCCCGUAUGGAAAAAACAACUUACUAAAAUGUGAAGAUGACUUUGAUUGAUUCUUUGAUCAAACAUAAUUCCAUUGCCACUUUUUUUUAAUUUAGCUUGACUUGAAACUUAUAAUUCCAUGUUUACCAUUUUAUUUAAUAAACUGAAAUUGAAUGAA